AUGGAGGACACUCAUAUCAAAGACGAUGUUGCUCAAACACAGCUUGACAGCCACCCCCUUGAAGCAGCUACGCCAAGUAUUGAAGUAGAUGCCAGUCAUUUGGAUGACAGAACAUUGCUGGAUGAGGAGGGAAGGCCUAAUAUCAGUCGUACACCUUCUUCUUCACUGCAGACAACAACUGUAGCAGAGCAGCCUCUAGAUACAGACACAAGCCAUGCAAAGGGCUUCUACAACGCAAAGGAUUCUAGAGAUGUUGUCGACUUGGUGGUAGAGGGUCAGCUCCCAGAGUGGCUUAUUGGAGAGCACUACACGAUCGGUCCUGGCACAUACGACGUGCGCUACUCAAGAAAGAUUGAAAUCGAUGGCAUGCUUCAGAGUGCAACAGCUACAUUUACACUGGGACAUUGGUUUGAUGCACUUCCUCUGGUGAACCGCUUUGAUUUAAAUGAUGAGAGAAACACAAUUACUUAUCGCAACCGUCUGGUCAACAAGAAACUGGGAGAAAAGAUCCGUGAUCACCAUGGCUAUGCGCCCAAUUACCCUGCUGGCCUGUUCAAAACCAACGCCAACCAGACCAUGCUGAUUAAAUUCUUGAAUAACGGAAAAGCGCUCAAGCCAGAUCGCAUUCCGUGUGGCCAGCGUAUCACAACCCAUUUACCUGGUAUUGACGGCAGGUUGUUCUGUCAGGAUUUCGCCAACCAUAUUCAGGAAUUGGACCCUUUCGACUUGACACCCACACGCGUGGAGACAUGGAACGAACUCAACCCACAAUUCAAAGGUUACAGUUCUUGUCCCAACGGCCAGUUCGACGCAGAAACAGGAGAAUAUAUCAACUUUACAAUGGAAAUCGGCUAUCGUUCCACCAAAUACCACUUCUUUUCUGUGUCUGAACAACAUCCCAAGGGCGAACCUAUUGCCACUAUUUGGAAUGCACCCACAGGCUGGGUCAACAAUGUUGCACUCACACCCAACUACAUUAUUAUGGUCAUUCAUCCCAUGCUAGCCAACUCGGGUGCUGUGCGAUUUGCUUGGUCUGAGAGCAUCUUGGACUCGUUCAAUUUCUACCCAUCAGAGCCCACCCUGUUCUAUGUGGUGUCUCGUAAAGAAAAAGAUGUCAUUGCCUGUUACAGAUCUGCCGCAUGCUUCUCGUUCAAUCAAGUCAACGCUUUUGAAGAUGUCCAUGGUAACGUGAUCAUUGACAUGAUUUGCUAUGAGAACGAUGCCAUUGCACAGCAGCUUUCUACCGAGAAUUUGCGCUACCCCGAGACCAUAGGCAAACUAGCCUUUUCUCAAGUGAGACGAUACACGCUGAACCAACCACAACAAGAUGCACACAAAAUCUAUGUCGCCAACAACUCGUUCAUCCCAUCUGCUAUCAGUAUUACAUCCCGAAUCGGCUCUGUUUGGAAUUAUGUCAGUGGCGGAUCCAAUCAACCAGAGAACGCAGUAGGUUCUAGCGGAUGGCAUGCAUGGAUGCCUGUGAUUGGAUUUGAAGCUUUGGUGGAAAGCACAUUGGAAUUACCUCAAGUCAACCCCAACUACAAGAUGAAGAAUUAUACAUACAUUUACGGCCUUGGAUUCAGUGCUACCAGUGCUAUUCAAGAGGGCAAGAUUUGGGACAGUAUCACCAAGAUUGACGUACACUCUCAUGCGGUCGUAGCAUCAUGGCACGAAGAAAACUGCUAUCCCAGUGAAGCCCAGUUUAUACCAAAACCCAUGAAAGCAGGAGACGACAAAAUGGCUGAGGAAGAUGCAGGUGUCUUGAUCAGUAUAGUAAUGGACUCUGCAAGAGCCACUUCUUUUGUCUUGGUCUUGAAUGCACAGGAUCUCAGCGUGCUAGCUCGAGUAGAGCUCAACAGAUUGAUUCCUCUCAGUUUUGCUCAUGGCAGCUAUCGAUUGAGAAGUAUUUAA